AUGACGACCGCUGGACCGGCGCGGACGCAAGUGCGCAAGCGCGCGCUGCGACGCCAGCCUGGGCUCCGCGCAGCUGCCGGGAUCGAGGUGAGGCGCCGCGUGACCAGCCGGGGCCCGAGCAGGAGCGGCCGCCGGCUUCUCGGCAGCUUCGGCCGGGAGCAGCCGGCCUGGAGCCGCCAGGUGUCCGCGACCAUGGCCCUGAACCUUCUGGAGGACUGGUGCCGGGGGAUGGAAGUGGACAUCCACAGGUCCCUGUUGGUCACGGGCAUCCCAGAGGACUGUGGUCAAGCAGAAAUUGAGGAGACUUUGAAUGGGGUCCUCUCCCCGCUGGGCCCAUACUUCGUGCUCAAUAAGAUUUUUCUGAGGGAAGAGAAUGCCAAAGCUGCCCUCAUUGAGGUCGGAGAGGGUGUGAAUCUCAGGGCCAUACCCCGGGAAUUCCCAGGAAGGGGGGGCGUCUGGACAGUGGUUUGUAGAGACCUCACCCAGGAUGCUGAGUUUCUGAAAAAUCUGAAUGAAUUCCUGGAUGCCGAGGGGCGUACCUGGGAGGAUGUGGUCCGUCUGCUCCAGCUCAGCCACCCCUCACGGCCCCAGAAUCAGCCCCCAGAGAACUGGGCAGAAGCUUUGGGGGUGCUCCUGGGGGCAGUGGUGCAAAUCAUCUAUUACAUGGAUGCCGAGAUCCGCGGCCGCGAGGAAGCUAGGGCUCAAGAAGGGGCUGAUGCCCAGGCAGUAGCAACGUCAGCCUUAGCAGCGUGGAGGAAGGUCAAGAAGGAGCCAGGGCGGGCUGCAGAACUAGGUUCUGCUUUGAAGAUGGAGAAUCCCGACACCUGGAAUGACCUGGAAGACGAAGGUGACCCUCCCAAACCUCUGGUUCGCCGGCUUGGAGUGAAAAGUCGCUCCAGGAGAAAGAAGCAGAAAAAAAACACUAAGCAGGAAUCAGGGCUCUGGAAUAAGCCCAAAGGCCACCAUUCCAACAGCUCAGCCCCUUUGGAGGAUCCUGAGGCUGAUGGUACUGAAAAUAUGGAGGUGUCAGAAUCCGUCAGGAGCAACAGAAAGCCCUGUGUGAAGCAGGAGAAGUCGACUUUGAAAAAGCCUGUGGCGAAAGGUGCCUGGAAGGCUCCCAGCAGCCCCUCCCAUGAUGCCCGGUCAGAAGCUGUGAGCCCUGGGGUCGCUUCGCAGUCAGACCAAGAUGGCGGUCAGGAGGGCCUCCCAAAGAAGAAGGCCAUGGGCUGGGCCUUGGCAAAGAGCCCUGCCCCCGUGAGAAAGAAGAAGAAGAACCCAGAAAGCUUUGAUUCGGGGGACCACCCAUACCCUAUUAGUUGAAAGAAGACCAAGGAUGAAGUAUCAAAUGGGGAACAAAGUUUUUUUCCUUAAUGAAUGAACCAUGACUUUGGACUCUUAGGGACCCAGUUUGGAGAGAUGGGCCUCUCAGAGGAAAACCAUGCCUGAGCUCUUAGGUGGGAGAGGUUAAGGGAGGGAGGUGCACCUCUCUGCUCUUUUCUCUGCCAGGCCUGCUUUUGCCCCUCCCCCUCGACUCACCUUCAGAGGUUGGAGAAUUCGCUAAGCAGACUGGGAAAAUCCUAGCAUAUUCACUUUUCCGUACAUGGGCAGGGUGCCUGUUCAUGUUCUGCCUUUCAUCCUUAUUCCCUGCUUCCUGGAGAGUGAGCCGACCUCUACAUGCAGGGCCUGGCACUUUCUCCCACCUUCUCUUUCACCUACUGGGAAGUUAAGCAUAGAUCUUCAAAGCAGACCUGCCUUCCUUGCACCUCCUGCUCUUCAGCUUCCAUCCUCCAGUUAACUAGCCAGAGGGCAGGCAGGUCCCACAAGUUAGUUCUGGGCGACAAGAGUGUGUGCUUAGGCUUUGAAGUGUUUGAGGUUUAGGUUCUAUGAAUAAAAAUGGUACUUGGACUCCCAUUUGGGGUCAGAUGCUCUCUGGAAGCCUGUGGGGAGGAAGGGUGAUUGGUAGGGAAGGACUCAAGCACUUCUGGCUUCCCAGGCCCAAGUCCAUCCAGCACUACCAAAUUCUCCACAUCUUUGGGGCUGAAAACACUUCUCACGUUAUAAUAAGAAAGGGAAAAAAUUCUUAAGAAGUUGGCUGUUAAUUUCUGUUCU